AUGGUAUCGAUUGUGAUAGGCUUGCUAGUAUCAAUGCGGGCGUCAUCUUCUAUACAGCGGUGGCAAGAAGGCAGAAAUCUCUGGUCAAACAUACAGUCAACUGUUAGAUCAUUUAUGAGAUUGUCUUCCUCCGUUUUGGAGGUAAAUAGCCAUUUUGAGAAUGAAAAGGCUAUAGAGGAGUUUGUUGGAUUAAUUCUAGCCUUCCCUGUCGCUUUAAAGUAUCAUCUUCGAGAGAACCAAAACAAAGGCUUAGAUGAACUUGAUCUACAGGUGUUACUCCCUAAAGGCUAUCUGGCCAGUUUGAAAAAGACGUUUCCCAGCAGGGUGAGGUUUGAAUCAACAUCACCAGAUCCAUCACAACCACCGUCGCGAACAUCCUCUUUGCAAAGUUCACAAGAGAAUGACAAGAAUAAGGAAUUGAAUGAAGAAAAGCCAUCAACUACCGUUAAGAAUGUCGACUCAGAUGUGCCUGACUCAUCGAUCAACAGGCAGCAACCAGCAAGCAAUGCAACUAAUGAAGUCGAAAAGCAGCAUCAACAGCUCAAUGACAAGGAAAAUGAUGAGUUGCUUAGUGUACCUCAAUCCGUAUUGAGCAAUUCAAGACCUCGUAACAUUCCCCUAUCAGUUUUACGCUUGCUUCAAGUUUACCUCAACGGAUUUUACAAUAACAGACCUGAGAAGGCCAAAGAUCAAACAAAGACACAUAUUGACACAGCGCUAUACGUCAAUUUAACAGGAUAUGUCAAAGAAAUGACUAGUUGGCUAACUGAGGCGGAGAAGAUCAGAGAUACCCCAAUUCCAUUAAUCCUAAGCAUUCACCUCAAUCAAGUGCUUGGGCUGUAUUUACUGGCAAUACCACCGCAGCUGGUUAGUAGUUUGGGAUGGAUGGCAAUACCGAUUACAGGAAUAGUGGCGUUUUUCUUUUGUGGGAUAGAUGCAAUAUCAUCACAGCUGAGCGAGCCGUUUGGAAGACAUCUGAACAACCUACCAAUAGACCAAUACUGCUUAGAUAUGGUCAAAGAAGCACAAGAUAUUGGCGGUGUACCUUCUUCAAUUUCAAGGGAUGCACUGGGUAAUGGACUGGCUAAUAAACCAAGCUAUAGCUUCAAGCCAACGCCAAAUACAGUAAAUAACCUCUUUCAACGUGACAUCGAACAGCCAACAGCCAACAUGCAAGUCGUCGAAGACGUUGAAGAGAGAGACGGCAUCAGACUCAGCUGGAAUGUCUGGCCAUCCUCACGUAUCGAAGCAACACGCACAGUUGUACCAAUAUCAGCAUUAUACGUUCCAUUCAAGGAGAGAGAGGAUUUGCCACCAGUUCUUUACGAGCCAGUAACGUGCAAAUCAUGCAGAUCAAUCCUCAAUCCUUAUUGCCAAAUUGACGUUCGAGGAAAACUGUGGAUAUGUCCAUUCUGCUUAUCGAGGAAUGCUUUCCCACCUCAUUACAAAGAUAUCAGCAACACAAAUUUACCUGCAGAGCUGUUGCCAAAGUAUACCACUAUCGAGUACACGCUAUCGAGACCAGUCCAAGUGCCACCAAUCUUCUUGUUCGUUGUUGAUACGUGCUUAGAUGCUGAAGAUUUCCAGGCUUUGAAAGAAACCAUUACUCUCGGUCUGUCGUUAUUACCACCAAACGCUUUAGUCGGUUUGAUUACGUUUGGUACUAUGACUCAGGUACAUGAAAUCGGUUUCAACACUUGUCCAAAGUCAUACGUCUUUAGAGGCACUAAGGACUAUUCUCCAGGUCAGAUUUCGUCCAUGUUAGGUAUCACACCACGCUCAACCACUUUGCCUUCCCAGCAACAGCAACGUCCAGGUCAAUUACAUGGCGCAGCUAGAUUCUUGCAGCCUGUUCAAGACGCUGAGUUUCAAUUGACAAGUAUACUUGAUAACUUGUCGAGAGAUCCUUGGCCUGUUCCUUCUGAUAAGCGUAGCUUUAGAUGUACAGGUGCUGCACUCUCAGUUGCUGUUGGAAUACUCGAAAACAGCUUCCCUAAUUCUGGCGCAAGGAUUAUGACCUUCGUUGGUGGUCCUGCAACUGAAGGCCCUGGUAUGGUUGUAUCCAACGAAUUGAAAGAACCAAUCAGAUCGCACCAUGAUAUUGAAAGAGACUCAGUAAAGCACUUUAAGAGAGCAACAAGGUUUUAUGAAUCACUUUCUAAGAGAGCAUCAUCUAACGGCCAUGUUGUUGAUAUCUACGCUGGAUGUUUAGAUCAGAUUGGUUUAUUGGAAAUGAAGUCACUUCCAAACUUAACAAAUGGUGCAUUGGUUUUGAGCGAUUCAUUUGCAACAUUGAUUUUCAAGCAAUCAUUCCAAAGAUUAUUUGAGAAGGAUGAAUUUGGUAAUCUGAAGAUGGGCUUUAAUGCAACAAUGGAUGUACAGACAUCUAAGGAGCUUAAGGUUUCAGGUGCAAUUGGUCACUUAACAUCAGCACAAAAGAAAUCAGCCUGUGUAGGUGAGACUGAGAUUGGUGUUGGUCAGACAUCUGCUUGGAAAAUAGGCUCAAUAAACCCAAGAACCACAUUGGGUGUUUACUUUGAAGUUGUAAGUCCACCUGGCCAGCCAGUACAACAAAAUCAAAGAGGUUUGAUUCAAUUCAUUACCCAUUACCAAUCAUCAUCUGGUCAAUACAAGCUUAGAGUAACUACUAUAGCAAGAAACUUUGCAGAUGCCGGAUCACCUGCCAUUGCUGGAUCAUUUGAUCAAGAAGCAGCAGCAGUUUUGAUGGCAAGAAUUGCCGUUUUUAAGGCAGAAAUCGAUGACAGUCCUGAUGUUCUGAGAUGGUUAGAUAGAAUGCUGAUCAGAUUAUGUCAGAAGUUUGCAGAUUAUCAUAAGGAGGACCCAACAUCAUUCAGACUAUCUGAGAACUUUGGUAUCUAUCCACAAUUCAUGUUCCACUUGAGAAGAUCGCAGUUCUUACAGGUAUUUAACAACUCACCUGACGAGACCGCUUUCUAUAGACAUAUACUCAAUGAGGAAGAUGUCAACAACUCCUUAGUUAUGAUUCAACCAACGUUGAUGUCAUUCUCUUUGGACGGACCACCACAACCAGUCUUAUUGGAUUCAGUUUCAAUUAAAAAUGAUGUCAUCUUGUUGUUGGACACAUUCUUCCAUAUACUCAUUUGGCAUGGAGAAACUAUAGCUCAAUGGAGGAAAGCCAACUACCAAGAUCAAGAAGGAUAUGAAAACUUUAAGGAAUUAUUAACACUACCAACAAAUGAUGCACAAGACUUGUUGGCAGAUAGAUUCCCAAUACCAAGAUACGUAGUUUGUGAUCAAGGUGGAUCACAGGCAAGAUUUUUGCUUUCGAAACUCAACCCAUCCACGACACACAUGUCAGGUGGAAUUUAUGGUUCACAAAAUGCAGCUGGACAGGCUAUCUUCACAGAUGAUGUUAGUUUACAAGUCUUUAUGGAACAUCUUAAGAGAUUGGCAGUCGGAGCUUCAACUUCAUAA